AUGAACACAACGGAAUUGACAGAUGAGGAACUAACAGAGGCCAUCAUGGAGUUUUGCAGAAAUCCCGAGUCAGCUAGAUCAAGGGGAUCAGCCCAUGUGGCUAGUCUGGAGAAUUCUCCUGGGUCUGGGAAGGAAACAUUACCUGAUAUUGCAGAAAAAAAUCCCUUGCCCCAGGAGACGAAUGACACGAGGAAGGAACUGAAGACACUUCCACCAGGCCUCAAGUAUGCUUACUUGGAAGAGAAUGAGGCAUUCCCAGUGAUAGUCAACAGUAACUUGACUAAGGAGCAGGAGAAGGAAUUGUUGGAAGUGAUCAGGCGGAACAAGAAAGCAAUAGGGUGGACCCUCUCUGAUUUAGUAGGAAUCAGUCCUGAUCUCUGCAUGCACCACAUCCGUUUAGAAGAAGGUGUGAAGGCUCACCGAGACGCACAACGGAAACUGAAUCCGAACAUGCGAGAGGAAGUUGUCAAGAAUGACAAGAACGAGUUGGUGCCCACUAGGCUGGUGACGGGGUGGAGGAUGUGCAUCGACUACAGGAAGCUGAAUGAGGCCACGAAGAAGGAUCACUUCCCCCUACCUUUCAUUGAUCAGAUGUUAGAAAGAUUGGCUGGCAAACAGUAUUUUUGCUUCCUUGAUGGAUACAGUGGCUAUUUCCAGAUCUACGUUAACCCGGACGACCAAGGGAAGACCAUGUUCACGUGCCCUUUUGGUAUUGUCUUGGGUCACGUGGUUUCUGAAAGAGGAAUACAGGUGGACAAGGCAAAGGUAGAUGUGAUAUCAAAGUUACCUUACCCCACGAACCAAAAAGAAGUUAGAGGCUUCCUGGGUCACGCGGGAUUUUAUAGGAGGUUUAUCAAGGAUUUCGCGAAAAUCGUGCAACCGCUCACUCAUUUGUUGCACAACGAUGUGGAAUUCGUCUUUGACGAAGGAUGCAAGAAGGCAUUUCAGUUGCUCAAGGACAGACUCGUGUCGGCACCAAUAAUCAGGGCGCCAGACUGGAAUCACCCCUUUGAGAUAAUGUGCGACGCGAGUGAUUUCGCUGUGGGAGCUGUCCUAGGGCAGAAGAUAGACGGAAGAAGUUAUGUGAUCUUCUGUGCAUCCAAGACACUAAAUCAAGCUUAG